UCGAUUUCGAUUUUCGCACUUGCAAAAAAACCACCGUUACAGAAAAUGUGCUUGAGAAAGUUGCUUGUCCAAAAAUUUUCUAAAUAGAUAAAAAAUGGCGACGUCAUUGAACGUAUCUGAUGACAUGUUGUGACUUGUCCCUAUCUGGCUUUAUGCCUAGGUCGUUUAAUCUUAGCAGCCAUUUAUUAACUAGACAUUUUUAAUAACACGAUUAAUUAGAUGAUAAGCUCUGCUCUGUUUUGUUAUCAUGAUAGAAAAUUUUCCAAAACGCAUUUUUUCUACCCAUUGUGCAUUUGAGGCUGAAUAUCUCCUUACACUGUAUGUAUUACGGAAAAUGGAGCUUCGGUGUUCUUAUAAAGUGUCGUCUUGUAAAAAAUAUUUCAAAUGUUGUCUUAAGUCGUUUUACAGAUUUUGCCAGAUUUUCAAUUAAUAUAGAGGCUGCCCUUUCCCAACAGUGUUAAGUCGUCUGAGUCGUCAGUUUUGAAACCGAUGUGCCACAUUGGUGAGGCCUGGGACGAGCAAAAUUCAAUUGGCGCGAAACUCCUGUGUACACGUGAUAUAACAAUAUCGAUAAGAAACUUCAAGUUAUUUUCUAUAUCAAACUUUGUAUAAGGAGCUGUCAUAAAAUGCAAAUAUUAAAAUAACUCUUGGCUAAAGGACCUGGAUCUUCACAUCCAAAGUGUUGGAAGGUAUAGUUUGUUUCAAAAGCAAUGGUACAUAUCUUUGAAGUAGCAUUCAAAAUAGGUAUAGCAAUAAAACCACAUUUGAGUUUGACCUUAAAUUUUAAUUCCUAGCGCUGAAGUAAAUUUGUACCUUUUAUAUGCAGGGAAAACUGCCUCACUGCUUUGCAUUUAACAGACAAUGUUAUAACUCAUGGAGCCUACAUCAGAUGUUACUUGGGUUCAAUGUGAAGAUCCGAAAUGCAUGAAAUGGAGAAAAGUUUCAAAAACGCAGGCAAAAUCAAUAGAGGACGUGAAUUGGUUCUGCCAUAUGAACCCUGACAAAAAAUUCGCAAAGUGCGAUGUCGAGCAGGAAGCAAUUAAAGCUGCUAAAGGCGAAAUAUUCGUUUUUAGCCUUCUUGAAGAAGGAUGCCUUGUGUGGGUUAAGCUUUCUGGCUACCCCCGGUAUGCCCAAGCGAACUUCAAACUAAUUUAUUCAUUGAUUAUAAGAUUUAGUGUUUCAGUGCAAUUUUCAAGACUGCAUCAAACUUUAGCAAAUUUGGAAAAAGCUAACCUAGAACAAUGUAAUAUAAUCUACCACGGACGUGACAAGAGGUAUGACAUGAGAUUUCACGAUGUUACUGUGACAUGACAUGACAUGACAUGACAUUUGUCAUCUUAUUUCACACUGAAUACAUUCUAGAUGACCGAAUAAUCUAGCCUAAUAAAGUAGCCAUAUAUUGUAUAACAAUGUAGGCUGAAUUGCAUAGUUUCAUGCCAUCCAUGAUAUAAUCUAAGUAUAACACGAUCUUACAUUGAAACCAUGUACAGUAACUAGAUGCUGUACUAAAUUCAAUGAUGCAUGUGUUUUUUCUUAUUGCAAGCGUGCAUGUAACCUUUACUUAUAGGUGGCCAGCUAUUAUUUGCAGCGACAUAACGCCUGAUAACUAUGCAUGGUUCGACAUUGAAGGCGAUGUCAAAUACUACCACGUUGAGUAUUUUGGCGAUCCAAGGACUCACUCUUGGGUUCUUGCAAAGCACGUCGAAGUGUACGGCUCCGGCAAUGCACCCUCUCCAGUAUUAAUCGUUACUCACAAAGCCAUGACCACAGCCCGUUCAAGAAAGUCUUUUCAAAAGGCAGUACUGCAAGCUGAUAAACUCACAUCCCUGUCACCAGCAGAGAGACUCAGCCACUGUGUUUUUCAUUCAACUGAUGUCCAGUCGAAAGAACCUUUAAGAAAUAGCGAAACGUAUGCAGAAGAGAUACAUUUUUCAAACCCCAAAGCUAGUGGAACAAAACGUGAGCUUAAUUUGUCAUCUGUCCCUGCAUAUGGUGCAGCUAUAAAUGUAAAGCAAAAACGAAAAAGAGGAAGAAGGCCUAAAGCUGAAGGGCUGGCCUCAGAUUUGCGAAAAGGAUAUGGUAGCACGUCAUCACCAGCCGUCAGGGGAAGAAAAAGACAAACAUGUAGGGUGCAAAGUAAGGAGAAUGUGAAUACGAAAAAACCUAAUCAAGAUGGUGUUAUUCAUACAGAACUCUCUGACAAAGCUAUGAAGCAAUGUACUAAAUUGCAAGCUGAUGCGGUUACUACAACUAACACUGCCUUUAUCACUUCAAUUGAAAGGGGCACAGCUGUUGCAGAGAAUUUCUCACAAACUGGAAUUUGCUUGCUAAAUAUAAACGGUGUUGUCGUACCAGCAAUUUUACCAGUUGAUAAAGUUAAACUGACCGGUAGUGAUAAUCUGGGACAAAUUCAGUGCAAAGUCCCAUCUAACAAUGACAAAACGUUUUCAAAUGGAAUAAGUUACCAGAAAUCUGCAACAAACAUAAAUGAGAGCUUUGUUAAGAAAAGUGUGAAAAGGAAAUGUCAAGUGGACGAUGCACUGAAGACUAAUUAUACUGUCCCUCCCAAACAGUUAUCUAGUUUCGAAGAAAGUCCAUUCGUUGCAAACCAGUGCAACCAGGACACAGUUCGGGUAUGUAAAUACAUGUCAGAAGGAACCCAGGCAAAGACAACAAAUGAUGUUUCUUCAAAGCUCAAAGAGAUCAAAAGUGCAGGAUCAAAAUGCAAAGGUGAUAAAUCAAAGUGCAAAAAUGAGGAAUCAAUAUUAAAUGCUGGUGAGCAACGCCAGGUCAAAGGGCAACAAGAAAGAUGUGAACAAGAAGUUGUGAAAGAUCAAACCUAUGAGAGAGAUAGGCCUUGGUUGGUUCAGGAAUCUCCAAUCGAAAGUACGUCCCAUGUUGACAAGAUAGAGUCACAAGCAGAACAGUUGAAUAGCAAAAUAGAGUCCUUGCUUUGUGGACAGCCACUUUUGAAGUCUGAAGAUGAAAUGAAGUUGAAAAGAUUGUUCAAAUUGCAAUUUAGUCAGCAUGCAGAUAUGAUUCGUUUGGAUGCAAAAGAAAGAUGCAUUAGAUAUGAAAGAAAGCAACUGGACAUGUAUCGUUUCUACAGUCUAGUCAAAGAGGCAGGAGGAUUUAAAAAGGCAUCAAAGUCAAAGAACUGGCAGAGCAUUUGCAAAGAAGUUACUGGUUCAAAUACUGAUUCAAAAUUCUUGUCGUUGAAAAAAUGUUACCAAAGAACGCUUCUUCGGUUUGAGCAAUACAUGAAGUCAUUAGAAACAACGAGCUAUCAGCAAUCACUAGACGAAAGAUCAACUGCAGACGUGCAUGUGAUACAGAGUUAUGAAGAAAGCAAAAAGAGACAGGAGAUAAUUGAUUUUGUUGACCAUGGUGUAUCAUUCGCAAGUCAGGAAACUGAUGUUGCGCAUAUACAAAUACAGAAUUCACAUUUCUCUUCAUCUAAUUUGGAAGCAAACGUCGGUGACCAAGACGACGAUAUCAUAUUAUCAAUGAUGAACACUCAAGUCAAUUUAUCUCUGGACUCAGGAGUCAAACUUGAUGAACCAUUCUUAAGCGCUAAUAUGGUAUCUGAAGUGCCACAGGAAAGUGAUGACGUCAUUGACCAUUUGAUGGGCCUAAAAGAAAAUGAGCUCAGUGAACAAGUUUUCGAAGAAUUUGAAAAUUUGCAACAGCAGUUAGAAGAUGAGGAGCUGUCAUUGUACAAUGAAGAAGAAAUUGUCAAAUUAGAGGAACAUCUGAAAGAAAGCGCAAGCAAUGACAUCAGCAUCAACUUGGAUGAAGAUUCAAGCAAACUCUUUGAAGAGUUAACCGCUUUGGAUGAGACGAUUUCCAUGCUUUCUGGUGUCCUAGACGCGUAGCAAGUGCUGGCUGACCACCUCCCGAGGCAGCACUGCCAUGAACGAGGCUGCUGCGAGAAGCGAGGCUAUUAUCAUGCUUAAUGAAAAUUGAAAGAUGUUUGAUGCGCCAACUAAAGCUCACUAUACGAAUAACUAAGAAGAAAUCUAAUGUUAACUAGUUCGUGUUAAUAGCUUAUAAUAGCAAACUCAUUUAGAAUAGGGUAAGACGAGAUCGAGACUGCUUCAUGAAAGACUGGUCUCAGAACCAUUUUCAUUCAAUCUGGAAACAAUACUUAAUGCAAAAAUUUAACAUUAAAGUGCUCUCUCACUGAUCACAGUUGUCUUUUUAUAAAAAGAUUUUCGAAAUUCCUUCUACGUGAGUCUCUUAAUUUGGAUAAAUAAUUUCUCACCACAUUUGGAUACAUAAAUAUUUUUAGUGAGUUUCUGAACACGAUA